CACGUAGGAAACAACCGAGGACACAAUGAAACUAAACGCGAACGCGCCCUCACUCUCUGCCCAAACUAAUUGUGUGAAGUACGAGCUCACGUGGAGGCCAUGAAGGCAGCUGUUAUCAAACAUUGGCGCGGUGGGCGGUAACCGACGCGUUUACGGCGCUGGUGUCCAGUUUUCCCGGAGACGCGGUGGAAACGGGACUUCACCGAUCAGGAGCAACAUGUUUGCGCAAAGAAUGAUGGUGUACUUUUCCACAGCAUGCGGCUUUUGCUUCAUGGUCGGAUUCAGUAUCGCGAUGAGGAUCUUGCAUUUUAUUUCACCAAGCCUGAGCAAAAAGCACAUCCUCAGAAUGGGUGAAAAGAUCACCAUGACCCAGAAUCCCAGAUUCAAGUACGAGGACUGGGGUCCGACGUUUGAGUCGUUCACGUACGUCAAAUACGCGUCCAGGCACAUGUGGAUGGGACUCGGGCAGGAGGCGUUCGUGGGAAGAGACGCUCCAGACUCACCUGUGGUCACGAUGGACGGACGGACGACGAGCGUGUGCGAGUACAUGACAGGUACCAGGCCGCUGGUGCUGAGCUUCGGAAGCUGCACUUGACCCCCGUUCAUGUACAAGCUUGAGGAGUUCAAGCAGCUCGUCGAGGACUUCGGCGACGUGUCCGACUUUCUCGUGAUCUACAUCGCAGAGGCCCAUUCAACAGAUGGCUGGGCCUUCACUAACAACUACGACAUCAACGCGCACCGGAGCCUGGAGAACAGGCUCUCUGCGGCGCAGAUCCUGGUCCAGAAGGAGCCCCUGUGCCCCGUGGUAGUGGACGAAAUGAGCGACGCCACUGCCGUGAAGUACGGCGCUCUGCCCGAAAGGCUGUACGUGCUGCAGGCCGGUAAAGUCGUCUAUAAGGGACGGAGGGGGCCCUGGGGCUACGACCCACAGGAGGUGCGUUCCUUCCUGGAGAAGAUGAAAUAAGGCUCGCUCGUUCAAGUCGAGGCUUGCGUUUGCCAUCCGACAGGCCUUUUUUCUGUGUGAGGAGGGGGGCGAUCAGGGUUUAACAUUUCAACCAAAUAUACAGUAUCACAAAAUCAUAUGUAAUUAUGAUUACGUGGAGUUUGAGUUGAUGUGCAAAUGCUCCAGGGCACCACUUCAGAAAGUUACUUUAUUUGUGAUGAUCACAGUACAAACCUCUGGUGACUGUGAUUUGAUAAACAAUGACCUUAAAGUAGCCUUCUUUGAAAUAUGCAGGAGCAUUUGAUAUCACACAUUUAAGUGCUAACAAUCAGUGCAAAAAGUCUUGCUCAUUAUUUUCUUUUCGUUGUAGUUUAACUAAAGAACAUCUGCAUAUUAGUGUUGUUAAAAUAACCUGCAUCAAAUAAUUUCAUGUUGUCAGUGGUUUCUACCGUUCCUCUUCUGCUUUAAAGUUCAUUCUCCUCGGCGUCUGUCCAACUUCCCCCGUGAAGACAUGAGAGGAGUCGUCUCAGAGCUGAAGACAAACUCAUUUCUAUCUCACGGUUCUGCAGAAGGAAAUGGCCUCAGGGCCCGAGGGGUCGCACUGUUGUUUGCUGUCUGGUCUGGAUGUGAUCAACUGUAAACAUACUCUGUUGGUUCAGCAAGUUCAUCAGAUUGACUGUCUGCAUGUGCAUAUGACGCGUGGAGUGUGACUUUAAGGCCUCGAUGUGAGUUAAUACCUAACUGCCCUACCUUUGUACAUGAAUAGAUCUGAUUGAAUAGACUACAUGAAUAAAUAACAUACGAUUAGUAGGGGAAAUUCUA